AAAAUUUAAAUACAUUUUGAAAACCUGUUUGCAAAGAGCAAGAGAUUUGUGUGGCAAAGGUGUAGUUUAGAAGAGUACAGAAGGAGAGGAAAAAAUAUUUGGAUUUAAAUAAGAUGCUCUUAGUCCAAACUUAUUACACAACAUUGGCAGGAAUUUCCAUCUUUCCUUCUAUCUCUCUUGAGAGACCAGGAACCGACGAUCAGUGAACCGGCUUAAUAUUAAUUGAUUUAAUGAUAUUUAAAUUUUAUUCCAAAAAUGCACUUUAUGUUUUCAUUGCCUGUGAUUGUUGAACACAGAUAACAUUAUUGGACCUUUGCAUCUUCCAACAAUAAUUUAUUUUCAUGUUUGUAGGUUCAAAUUACUUUCUUAAUGUGGUAGUGUAUCAGAUAAGCAUUUGCAAACAUGGAUUCUAUUGGUCCUGGGACUAGUAGGAAAAAGGAAGUCUAAACCUUUAGCUUUGACAGCAGAGUUACUGAUCACUCUAAAAGUGCACGUUUGUGAUUUGGAAGAUACGUUUAGGAGUACAAACUGUAUUUCUCCACCAACCAAGCAAUCAAGAAUGAAAUCAAGUACUGUGUAACAAUACUGAUACCUUGGUACUACAGUGGUUUAAAGCACCCUGUUAUUAACACAGCUGCCUGCAAUUUACUGCUGGUUCGAAUCUCUCCAAGGCUCAAGGUUGACCCAGCCUUCCAUCCUUUCUAAGAUGGUUACUGGAAUUGGAUCCUGAGACUUCUGUCUUUCAAGUGGCAUUCAAUGGAUUCAUAUGAAUUAAUCGGAGAAGAGUGAACCCCAGUUUGGUCAAGGAUUCAUUAAUUGGGGUGGCUUAUUUCAUACACUGGAAAACAUUUCCAGGAUCUUUGCUUGCAGAAUUUGGAAAAAGGAACUACAGAGUGCAAGCUAAACACAUAAAAGGGGUUUAGCACCACUAAGGGCAGACCCAAACUGAAAUAAAACCCUUUCGGGCUUAAAAGAUCUUACAGAUCAAAGGACUUCAAGGUCAUUUAUAUGCUUAUGCAGUAUCAUCACUCCUAUUCUGGUUAAUCAGCAUCAUCUACAAAGACAUGCAGCAUCUUCAUUUUAAUGUGAGAGAGAUAUCUAACCCCUCUGCUGUCCAAGGACAAAGUUCUAAAUGAAGACCAUUGGAAGGUGUUUGGUGAACAAAUUCCAUUGAUAAGACAUGCUGCUGGAUGUCCCAGGUCGUUCCUUCCACUGAUGAAGAUUGAUUUGAAUUCUUAUCCUGUCUACCAAGUUAUUGAUGGUCCAUGGUGAAACUGUAAAGCCUUUAAGCUUGAUGGACCAUUCUCCACAUUUUAAUUUACGCCAUUGAUGGGUACAGUGAACAGAAUCUGAAUAGACGAGAACUGAGGAACUGCACUUACUACCUCUUGCCAAUUGCAAAACAAUCCAUUAAAAAGUAAUUUCUAGGUCACUGUGGCUGGAAGUAGCAGCUUUUGUGCGGCUGGCAGUGGGGAGAGUUUAAAAAGGUCCUAGAUGUGAAUCAAUCCCAUGAUGCAACAUGUCUCCCCAGCGCCAUCUCUGACAAUGAUGGCCACACAGACUGUACCCCCUCCCCCUUAUCAAGAACCCCAACAGAUGACAGCAACCACAGCCCAGCAGCCGGCAAAAGCACAGCCAGUGCACGUCACCACGCCCUCGGCAGCAGCUAAUGCUCCCCUUCCCAGCACCCCGAUCGACCCUCAGGCACAGCUGGAGGCUGACAAGAGAGCUGUCUACAGGCAUCCUCUUUUCCCCCUCCUGACACUGCUAUUUGAGAAAUGCGAGCAAGCGACACAGGGCUCGGAAUGCAUCACCUCUGCCAGCUUUGAUGUUGACAUUGAGAACUUCGUACACCAGCAAGAACAGGAGCACAAACCAUUCUUCAGUGACGAUCCUGAGCUCGACAACUUGAUGGUGAAAGCUAUUCAGGUCCUGCGAAUUCAUCUCUUGGAGUUGGAGAAAGUGAAUGAAUUGUGCAAAGACUUUUGUAAUCGUUACAUCACCUGCCUCAAAACUAAGAUGCACAGCGACAACCUUCUCAGGAAUGACCUUGGGGGACCUUACUCCCCGAAUCAGUCCUCCAUUAACCUACACACGCAGGAUAUGUUGCAAAAUUCUCCCAACUCCAUGACAGCCAUACCUGGCAACCCCCAAGGAAUUGUGGUACCUGCCUCAGCACUGCAGCAGGGGAAUAUCUCCAUGGCAACAGUCAACUCACAAGUUGUGACAGGUGGAGCCCUUUACCAGCCCGUAACUAUGGUAACAUCUCAGGGCCAGGUGCUAACCCAAGCAAUUCCUCAAGGGGCUAUUCAGAUCCAGAAUGCACAGGUUAACCUGGACCUGACCUCUCUUCUUGACAGUGAAGAUAAAAAGUCAAAGAACAAACGAGGAGUCCUCCCAAAACAUGCUACCAAUAUUAUGCGCUCCUGGCUUUUUCAGCAUCUUAUGCACCCCUAUCCAACAGAGGAUGAGAAGAGGCAAAUAGCAGCACAGACAAAUCUCACACUGUUGCAAGUCAACAACUGGUUUAUCAAUGCCCGGCGACGUAUCUUGCAACCUAUGCUUGAUGCAAGCAAUCCAGAUCCAGCCCCAAAAGCCAAGAAAAUCAAAUCCCAGCACCGGCCAACCCAGAGAUUCUGGCCCAACUCCAUUGCAGCUGGGGUUCUGCAGCAACAAGGAGGCAACCCCGGGACUAACCCUGAUGGCUCCAUCAAUAUGGACAACCUCCAAACCCUCUCCUCCGAUAAUGCCACCAUUGCUAUGCAGCAAGCCAUGAUGGCGGGUCAUGAUGAUUCAUUAGAUGGGACAGAAGAUGAGGAGGAAGAUGAAAUAGAAGAGGAGGAAGAGGAAGAAGAAGAGGAGGAGGAGGAACUGGAAGAGGAUCCUGAGGAGCUCCAGACAACUAACGUCAGCAACCUUGGCCUGGAGCACAGUGACUCGCUUGAGUAGAGGAUUAUAGCCAAUGGUGGAACAGUCGCCGACUGUAAACUGUUGAACCUCCUUGUGAAACUCAUUGGCCUGAAUUGUAGAGAGCGCCCGAACAUUUGAUGAGCACAUCCCUUUAACAAUAUGAUUCAACAACAGUACCCUUUCUUGAAUGUCCUACUUGACCUGUAUAAAACUGCAGGAAUGGACGUGGAAGCACACUGAACACCUGUCGAGUGUGCAAGCCGAUUAUUUAAGUGAAGGACACACGUUUACAAGGACAUAUUGUGACUAGUUUCUUCCCCACUCUCUCCCGCCUUUGUUUUUGAUAACCACAACGACAAAAGUGUUUUUAGAGUAAGCUGUUUUCUGUAUGACUGAAUGUUUUAUGGAAGUUCUAAUUCAAUGCCUUUUUUUGUGACAUGCAGUUCAGAGGCAUGGCUGUUUUCAUUUUCACUGCUUUUAUGAGAGAUUUAUAGAUACAAAAAAGAAGAAAAGAUCAGUGGUUUUUACAAAACAAAAAGAAAAACUAGAAGAGAAUGAUUUAUAGAAAUGUAGGUGGAAAAAAAAUCAAACAUUUGCAAAUGGGCAGAAAUUCAACGAAGGAGCAAGUGAGAGUUGAACGCCUUUUGCAAGUGGAUGUCUUGUGAGUUUUGCAGAUAUGGAAUCCAUACAGACUCAGGUGAAGCCCCAAGCCAUAGGUCUGUGCUUUGCAAUCAAUAUGACAAAUAGGUAACAUCCUGUGAUCGAAAUCCCUUUUAGAGAAGAAUCACGUUUGCUUUCUGAGUGGAACAUUGUGACAUUUUAAUAUCCCAAGCUGAUGCCUUGGUAUAGCAUGUGAUAUUAGCUAACCAAUACAGAAGGCAUAAUGGUGGCUUUAUGCAUUGGUUGAGUACAAGUAGGUUCAGGUUUCUAACAUUUGCAAAGCAGGAAGGAAUCAGUGGCAGAGAGAAUUCCUGUAUUUUCAAACAGAGAUAAGCAGAACAGCUAUCCAGUGGGGUGCAGGAAAUCAUAUUUUCACAAUCUUGUUUCCCAGGAAUUCCUCUCCUUCCUUUAUGUUGCUCUCCAGCCCACAAACACUCACAUUAAAAAAAGCCUACAAAAUUCAACAAGACAUAUUCCAGACAUUUAAGGAAUGGGAUUUGUAAUAACGUUCCCCAUUAGCAAUCACUGCUAAUUGUAAGUUAAGCCUACAAACGGGUUGAUUUCUCCAUGUGGGCAUUAUCCCAGCAGAGUGAAUUCAUUGCCUACAACAGAACAUGAAAAGUAGAUAUGGGCUCCCCCAACAUUUUGCAAGCUGUGAACUAUUUGGGAUUUUGAAAUUAAAGAAGGAACCUGCUUGAGAACAGCUACUGGUAGACAUAGACAGAGUGUCAGAAGAUUUCUGACACAGAAGGGGCAUAACCUUUCGUGACACAUUGAUUUAUCAGAAUGCUAUCUGCCACCCCCAUCCUAAGAGAGAUGGUGCCUACAAUAUCCCAUUUAUGUUUAUCUUUGGAAGUAAGGCAUCCUUCCAAACAAGACACUGAGUAGCAGCCACCCAUCGUGUGCUAAGAAUGCUAAAGGGCCCACAGGCUUACUUAGAAAUACAAAUGUUGCUGGUGGCUUCACUUUGCAUCGUGCCGGUUCCUCAUUUUUUUAAAAAAAAAUGUAAAACAAGUCAGGUAGUGUAAGAUCUUAACAGGAACCCAGGGGAGAAUCAGGUGAUGCUUUCCAUCUGGCUGCAGACAUUUAAAAAAAGAUGACUAUAGUAUCCAUCAGUACUGGGAAUUGUUGACCCUGAACCUUUCUUUUUGUGGAAAUGUUUUUGAGCAAUUUCCACCUGCAAGCUCUACUGUAAACACUGGCCUUAAGAAUGCUUUUGUGUGUGUCUAAUGCAGUUUUCUCCCUUUAAAAAGCCACAAGUUCAAGAAACAGAUGUUUUCAUGCAGAUGGACAAUCCUAGAAAUAUCAUUAGAAAAGGCUCAAUUAGUUGAGUGAAGACAAACGAUCACCUCCAACCACAGGUGCAGCUCUAAAUAUAACCCACAAAGGAAUCUGUGCAUGGAGCUAGGCCUUAUUGCUUCUGCCACACACCAAAAAAAUCCCCACAUGGCUGCUGUAUUUUCUUCCAGGAAGGCAUGGACAAUUGCCUGCCAGAGAAAUGAUGCUUCUAAUAGGCAAAAAAAAAAAAAAAAAAGGCAUUGUGGCAUAGUGGUUAGAAUGCAGUAUUGGAGGCUAACUCUGCCGACUGCCAGCAGUUUGAUUCUGACCAGUUCAAGGUUGACUCAUCCUUCCAUCCUUCCGAGGUUGGUAAAAUGAGGACCCAGAUUGUUGGAGGCAAUAUGCUGACUCUAUAAACCACUUAGAGAGGGCUGGAAAGCACUGUGGAGCACUAUAUACAAUACAUCUAAGUGCUAUUUUUGUAAGCAUGUCUCUGUUAAAGUUGGAACAUACAUCAAGGGUGUUGUUUCCUCUGGUAGAUCAGACAUGGAACCCUCUCAAAAUGAUUGAGGUUUGACCUUCAUUCUGCAGCCAUGAAGGCUUGGCAUCUUGAGAGUAGGCUGGGCACCAUUGAGACUUCUGGCAGAAUCUUUGCAUCAUGAGAUAAGGAAAAGCGAGAGAGAAACAGGGGCCAAUGUCUUAAUAAGGAAUAAAGGCAACGUGUGUGAUGAAUGUUCAACAUUUGCCAACUCAGCAGUUUAGGUGAAGCACUGUCUUAGGCAGACUGAAACCUCUUGCUCCAUCUUUCUUCCUUCAAACAUCCCCUCGGAGACAGUUUGUUGAUUUCAUUUUGUGCACUGUGCUCAGGAAAAUGUCUCCAAUGUGCAAAAAUGAAAGGGAGGGAGGUCUCAACCAACCUAUGAGCUACAAUUUGUGGGUCUCUGACUUAAGAAAUACAUACUGUAACUCCAUUUUCCUGACAUGAAUGUAAUUUUCUCUCCCACAGGGUGGAGGGGAAUGCUGACAAUGUUUUCAACAGAGAACUAAGGCACCAAUAAUUUUAUUUAUAAUCUGUGUGUUUUCAAACAAUCUGAUUCCUUUUUUCUGAUGCUGUAAUAAGUGGGGCAGAAAGUUUUGCCCUCUAGGGCUUGUCUUCCUUUAGCCAAAACUUGUCCAGUGGUUCAUACACUUUCCUGUACUGCAAGCCCCACACAAAUCUUGAAUUUCCAAGAUGAAAGUUUUGCCCAUUUUACUAUUCAACAACAUAUCCAAGUGUCAGUUCUAAGAAUUCCUUUCUCUUUGCUCACAAAACACAUUUACCAUCUACUCCUUUUUUUAACUUUUUAAAGCAGAGGUGUCCAUCCCUGGCAACUUUCAGACUUGUGGACUUCAACUCCCAGAAUUCCCCAGCAAGGAGAGAUGGAUGGACGGAUGGGGAAUUUGGGAAAUUGAAAUCCACAGGUCUUAAAGUUACCAAGGUUGGACACCCCUGCUUUAAAAAGUUAAAAAAAGGAGUAGAUUUAAAUCAAUCACUUUACAUUAAGGGUUGAAUCGACAAUAAUUCCUUGAGAAUGUAUUGGAGUAUCAGUGGGCAUAAACCAAGCCCCUCCUUCCAUUAUGGAUCCUGAUAUGGCAUGAAUGUAAUAUGUAAUUUCAUAGAAAAUUCAUUGUAAUUUAGUAUUAAUUCAUGUCCAUUUAUGAUAAAGUGCUACCAGAUGAGGUUUUC